GCUCCCCCGAGAGAGAGUACCUCUGAGGAACAUUUCUCCCCCCCCCCAUAUACCAUUAAUCAUAAUUGUUGUUAAUAGUGUAAUUAUCGUUGUUGUUGUUAUUACAUCCGCGGACUGAAGUGGUGAUACCUAACACAUAUUGUUGUUUGCCAGAAAAGAGAGGCGAGGUCUUGUGGACGGUGUGUGAGAGUGCGUACCGAGAGAGAGAGAGUGAUCAUGCAGCAGGCGAUGCAGACCACCGGUGUAGUUGUACCUAGGAAUUUUCGGUUAUUAGAAGAACUUGAACAAGGACAGAAAGGUGUCGGCGAUGGCACAAUCAGUUGGGGAUUAGAAAGCGAUGAUGACAUGACGUUAACUCAUUGGACUGGGAUGAUCAUUGGGCCACCUAGGACUCCUUAUGAAAAUAGAAUGUACAGUCUUAAAAUUGAUUGCGGGGCAAGAUAUCCAGAUGAUGCUCCUUGUGUCAGAUUCUUAAGCAGAAUUAACAUGAAUUGCAUUAACAGUACUACAGGAGCG